AUGACUUCUCAACAACAGAAGAAGCUUCGCAUCGCCAUCGUUGGCGCAGGUAUCGCUGGCUUUGCAGCGGCCAGGGCGCUGCGAGAAGACCACGACGUGCACAUCUUUGAAUCUUCAAGCUUUAAACAAGAGCUUGGAGCUGCGAUCCACACGGGCCCAAAUGCUUCGCGAAUUCUCCUCAAGUGGGGGAUGGACCUAGAGCGUCUCGAGUCGCCAAACUGCCGAAACAUUUACGAGUAUCACAUCUCGGGCAAGCUCAUCUCGCAUCGUCCUCUCAACACGAUCGACAUUUUUGGUGCACCUUGGCUCCUCAACCAUCGCAUCUCCUUGCACAAGGAGCUCCAGUACUUGGCAACUUCCGAUGACCCUACACUUCCCGGAGAGCCUGCCAAACUGUACCUCUCUAGCAAGGUGGUCCAGGUUGAUGGCCAGGCCGGCGUCAUCACUCUUGCCGACGGCACUACAUUCCAAAGCGACAUCAUCGUAGGCGGUGAUGGUAUCAAGAGCUUGCUGCAGCAGUACGUGCUCGGUCGAUCUGCCAAUGCCAAGCCCAGUGGUCAUUCGGCCUACCGUCUGAUGAUCCCUUUCGACCGACUCCGCGAGCUCAACGAUGAAAAAAUCGAAAAGAGCAUAGCGGCGCCUUCGCUUACCAUGUUUGUCGGACAGGACAGGAGGGUGAUUUGCUACACGUGCAAGUACGACGGACGCGAUCUUCUCAACGUCAUCGCUGUGGUUCCUGAUGAGGGGCUAUUCGAGAGCUCCACCGAGUCGUGGAGCGCCAAAGGCUCGCUUACCGACCUGGCGGCCUCGUUUUCCGAAUUCCCUGACACGGCCAGAAAGAUCCUCGGUCAAGCGACCGAGUGCGCAUUGUAUCAGCUGCGAGACCAGGACCCUUUAGACACGUGGCACCGCAAACGUGUGCUCCUCAUUGGCGACGCUGCGCACCCCAUGUUGCCUCAUUUAGGCCAGGGCGGUUCUCAAGCCAUCGAAGACGCCGAAGCCCUUGCUUACGUCUUGAAGACUAGCAAAGGUUUGGAUCAACUUGAAAACAUCGAGUCGGCGCUUGAGCGUCUGCAGACGUUGCGCUACUAUCGAGCCACCGUCUCGCAGGAGCGAUCAAGAUCACAAGCCCUAGGCCCUCGACCUGGCACACAGGAAGAGAUGCUCGGUAAGAACACGUUCGAAUUCACGCGGUUCCUCUAUGACUAUUCUGGUGCAGAGGACUGGGAGCAGAGGGUCAAAGAGGGCCGAACAAGCCAACAGGAUGAUGUUCCCCAUCGUGUUGCGCCCCAGGCUGAUACAUCUUUGGAUGCUGCUGACAUCACAGCGAAGCCCACUUCAGUCAGCGCAUGA